AUGGAAGUAAUGAAGCCUUUAAUUGAUGAACAAAAUUUAGAUGGCAUCUCAGAUGAAGAGCAUGAAGAUAAUUUCCUGCCAGUUGAGAAGCACUACCAGCUUGAUAACGAAGGUGGCAUCACGUUUGCACAAACACUUACACACCUCCUCAAGGGAAACAUUGGAACUGGGCUUCUUGGUCUUCCACUUGCAAUAAAAAAUGCUGGCAUCGUGAUUGGACCAGUCAGCCUUGUGUUCAUUGGCGUUAUAUCUGUUCAUUGUAUGCACACCUUGGUACGUUGCAGCCACUGUUUAUGUCAGAGGAUGAAAAAAUCCUCACUGGGGUACAGUGACACAGUUAGUUGUGCCAUGGAAGUGGGACCCCUGACUGCCCUUCAGAAACGAGCUUCUUGGGGAAGGUGUAUUGUGGACUUCUUUCUAGUGAUAACACAGCUGGGAUUUUGUAGUGUUUAUUUUGUGUUCUUGGCAGAAAAUGUGAAACAAGUCCAUGAAGGAUUCUUGGAAAACAAGACUGCCUCCAUAAAUGGCAGUGCCACCAACAGUUCUUCUGAGAAAAGGGGCACUGAUUUACGAAUAUACAUGCUGUAUUUCCUGCCAUUCAUGAUCCUCCUGGUAUUUAUUCGUGACCUUAAGAGCCUGUCCUUCCUUUCAUUGCUUGCCAAUGUGUCCAUGGCUGUCAGCCUUGCCAUCAUUUACCAGUAUAUUGCUAGAGAUACACUAGAUCCUCGAAAACUGCCUCAUGUGGUUGGCUGGAAGAAAUACCCACUGUUCUUUGGGACUGCAGUAUUUGCUUUUGAGGGAAUUGGUGUGGUACUCCCACUGGAAAACAGAAUGAAGGACACUGCACGUUUCCCGCAGGCUCUGAACAUUGGCAUGGGAAUAGUCAUGACCUUGUACAUCUCAUUAGCCACUCUAGGAUAUCUGCGCUUUGGGGAUGAAAUAAAAGCCAGCAUAACUUUAAACCUGCCAGAAGAUAAAUUGUUGUAUCAGUCUGUAAAAAUUCUGUACUCCUUUGGGAUUUUUGUGACCUACUCGAUUCAGUACUAUGUCCCUGCGGAGAUCCUCAUUCCAGCUGUCACCUCCAAAGUGGAGCAGAAGUGGAAGUUACUCUGUGAGUUUGUGGCGAGAGCACUAUUGGUCUGCUCAACCUGUGCUGUAGCAGUUUCGAUCCCUCGCCUAGACCUGGUGAUUUCUUUAGUUGGAGCUGUCAGCAGCAGCACUCUGGCACUGAUUCUGCCUCCCCUGGUGGAAAUCCUCACUUUCUACAAGGAAAACUUAAGUUUGUGGAUGAUAUUUAAAGACAUUUUUAUAGCUGUCGUUGGAAUUGUUGGAUUUCUAACAGGAACAUAUGUGACAGUUGGAGAAAUAAUUUCCCCUGCAUCUACAGUUCUAGCUAAUGCAACAGAGAGCAUCUCUGCAGAUUUAAAUUCUACAGACUUGAUGGCUGGUUUAAAGUAA